CAUCUUUUGCAACCAUUUGUACGUCGUCUACGCAAAAAAUAUGAAUUCUUUAACAAAGGGCAAGUUGACCAGUGUUUCAAAACAGGAAGCUCAGUAUGUUCAGGAAGUGUGCAUAAAGAAUUUUAGCCAUCACGUUGAGGACUAUGUCAGCGGGGAUUUGUUGAACUGCAUAAUAUACCAUGCUCGAACAAACAGGACAAAAGAGAUGGCCAUUUAUUGCUCUUUGCUCGCAACAACAGCAACACUUUCUGCAGAAAAAGUGAUGCUCCAGAUAACUGAAAACUACAAGAAACAGUGUCCAGCAAUUAAUCUGCUCAUUGUCUGCAAGCCUGGUGGUGGAAAAAGCACUGCCCUUCAAGAUUACUGCACGGAUUUUUUGGAUUUAAUUUCCCAAAAAAAGAACAAGAAAUUUUACGAUAAUCCGCAUACGUUUGCAGCAUAUCGGACAUUCCUAACAGACACCAAGGGAUUUGGUUCCGUCGUAGCUGAUGAAAUAGCAGGAACACUCGCCACACUGACAUUAUCAGAAGAAAAUGCCGCAAGCCUCAUGAACAAGGUCUGGGGUGGUCAAAGCCUUAAUGUGUCUUACAAAAGCGCCGGAUCUCUGAAGUUACCGCGAUCAUCUUCUGCAUUUUUUGGAAGCCUUCAUCCGCAACCAUUUUGCAGUCUAUUAAAAUCUUGGCCAGCAGGAAAUGGCCUGGAGGAUAGACUGUUGGUCACGGCAGUUGACAAUGUUGUCACUGAUAUACCUGAAUGCCAAGAAGCUAAGCAAUGCCUCCCUAAGCCAAAGGUUGAUUUGAAAGAAAUGUUUCAAAAAUUACAUGAAUAUUUGGAAAAACAUCCUGGUCUGUUGCUUACUUAUUCCCCAGAAGCCUUCAAUUUCAUUGGAAAAAUAUCUACUGAUGUCAAACGAAUGCGGAUUUUGCACAACCAAAAAAUUGCUAAUGGCGAAGAUUCUGCCGACAGGUCCGACUUUAUUUCGAAACUGGAAGACAACAUACAGAAGCUUUCGAUGGAUCAGCAUAUUUUGGAUUCCUCAUACCACAGUAUGCUCACAGUCAAAUCGAUCAAUAUCCCGAAUAUUAUAGCUCUGGAAACAGUGGAAAAAGCAUUUAAAUUUGCGGAUAUCAGCGGCGAUGCGUUCAAUGAGUAUGAAAACAUCCGACCCGCUACAUCUUCCAAAGCGUCAAACUUCUCGCUUGGUCUUGUACCCGGGCAGUUUGUAACAUGCCGCAUCUAUAACGAUACAUUUGGAUCCCGGAAAGCGUUUGUGCGGUUAACAGAGGCAGAAUUCUCUGAUGCAGCCCAACAAAUGCACGAAAUUGGUAUUGGAACUAUGAAACCGUUUCUGAUGUCCAGCGGAAAGGAAGCAAAUGUGUUGUACAAGUGUCCCCCAAAUAAAGUUGAUAAGCAGUCUGUUAACACUUUCGGCCUUAUGUUUACAGCGUAUGAAUCUGCUUAUAAUGCAGAUUUUGCAUUGCCUCCAUCAAAAAGGCGGGAAUUAAACGAAACAAUUGAAGAACUGAAGCGUCAAAACCCUUACAACCACCCUACUGCACCUCAACCACAUGGCACAAAACGGAUAGUCCCCGACGACGAAGGUUAUCCACCUGGGCUAAAUAUUUAUUAGAAAACAAUUGUUGAUGCAUUUUCUUACGGGUUGUCUUAACGCGGAAA